AUGUUCACCCCAUCGACGUCACGGUUUGCUAGAACACUGCUUACCUCUGCACGUCUGCAAACAGCUUCAAUCAACCCCACAUCCACCGCAAACCUAUACCGACCUCUUCUCACACAAAAGUUCUUCUCCAACACAGCCAGAAUGUCUGACACCGGUGUGCACAACCUUCAAACCAAGACCGCCUUCGAUGAGGCGCUCGGUGACAAGUCCAGCCUGAUGGUCCUGGACUGCUUCGCUACCUGGUGCGGUCCUUGCAAGGUCAUCGCGCCCCAGGUCGUCAAGUUCUCCAGCACAUACGCCAACGCGCGCUUCUACAAGCUCGACGUCGACGAGGUCCCUGACGUUGCACAAGAACUCGGCAUCCGUGCCAUGCCCACCUUCCUUCUCUUCAAGAAUGGUGAGAAGGUCGCUGAGGUCGUUGGUGCCAACCCCAAGGCUCUCGAGGCCGCCAUCAAGUCCAACAUCGACGCAUAA